AUGAACAUCUCCAAGAUCUUCCUCUGCCUCCUCGGGGCUGCCAGCACCGCAGCCGGGCUUGGCUGGGAUGACAAGGCCGAGCGGGCGACUUGCUGGAAUUCCGGCAUGGAGUUCUCACAGAUGCACGAUGAACACGACCAGCCCGGCAACAUCGAGGACGCCAUCAUCGACUACUGCGCCAACGCGCUGCCCAUGGGAGACUGGGACAGGGGCCACGUGGUCGCCCACUGCUACCCGUUCCCCAAGGACAACUCCGGGAACAGGGUCAACCUGGAGGUCAAGAACGAGGCGUACACCAAGCAGAGCCUGGCCGUCGACGAGUGCAUCUACGCCAUGAAGUACCUCUACCACGAGUGCUGGUGCGGCGGCGCCAACGACUACAACGGCUUCUUCUUCAAGAUCGACCCCAACGCGGGCAAGUGCUGA